AUGCAGACAAAGACGGUUUCCCAUACCAUUGAGACUCCAUUAGAGCCAAUUCAACUCUUGGCAACACUACCAGUCAAUGAUUCAAAGAAGACACCCAUUAGUAUAACCAUUUCAGGUUCUGCCGGACUCGCAUGUUACCAUUACGCCAUUCCAUACAGAGAUGACGUUGUCGGUAGCUUGAUGGUAGACGACGCAAACGAUUCCAAGAGAGAUAUCACAAGACAGUUGGCAACUCUGGUCGCCAAGAAAUAUCAAAGACCUUGCUACGUUGCGUACGCAUGCAACAAUACUGAGGACCAGCUGUUAAUAAUCCGCCAAUGUAUAGAAUUUCUAAAGCUAAAUAUCUAA